AAUUGACGUACAGUAAACAUACCCGGCGAAAUAUGGCAAAUCUAAUUAGAUCAACUGUAAUAAUAUACCUGCAAAUACUAUGCUUCUGUUUAUUUAUUUUACGCAUAUCAGGUACAUGAUAAAACAGAACUUAGAAAGUGAUGGAAUUUCUGAAGCCAUCAUCUCAAUCCCAGUCAACAUCAGUGGUGUGGCCUUCCAUAAUUACAAAUUUCCACCUUGGUCACUUAUUUGACACCCAUUCCUUAUCUACAAUUGUUUAUUAUUAUGAUUUAUAAUUCGAAAUUCCAAGCAAACAGAAUCAUUUUUUGUUAUAAUUUAAGUGUUCAAGAUGAUUUUCUUAUGAUCUAUUGUGUGUCUAAAUGUAGUGUCUCUGGUAAACAGAAUAGUUUUUUGUUAUAAUUUAAUUGAUCAAAUAUUUUUUAUUAUGAUCUAUUUUUUGUCUAAAUGUAGUGUCUCUGUGUAUUUUAUACAUCACCAAAUUUUUCUGUAAUUUGUGUACUUAAAGUGGGUUUUGUUGAAUAAGUGCAAGGCUUAUUAAAGCAUGUCAAAAUACUCAUGUAAUUGUAUGCAGAAGUAGCGUAAGUCUGAUAAAUACUUGUUUGGGCAAAGAAAGUUUGACCUGGAUUUUGACAUACAGAUUUAAGUCGACAACAGUGAGCUAGCUAGGUAGUUUCGAUUUAAGACGACGUAUAACGUCAUGUUAAUUUAACCGCAUGUCUGAAGGUUGUGCGUUUCGUUCUCUCCUGAAAUCUUGAACAGUUGGCAGCUGAAACUACGAUAUUUUUGUUGUAGUUUACUACCUUGUUUUCCCAUUCCUGAACUCAAUUUCUGUGAAAGGGCGUGCCAAAGAUUAAGUACUAGAGCGUAGUUUUAAAUUACAUGCAUAAUAAUAAUGUUAGUGUUAUAGAGCACUUAAUACAUAAGAAUACUUCUAAGCACUUUACAUAAAAGGAACUCAAGAAAUGGAAUGAAACCAUAAAAUACCCAAACAGUAACCAAAAAUGAAGAAGAAACGUAGAGGAACCAUUUUCCAGCACUUAGAAACUCCCAUAAUCUAGAGCUCGUCUGAGCAGAACUCACAGGAGCUCGAGUGAAAAUGGGGUCAGUCUAUCCUAUCCUAAGAACAAAAAUGUAGAGUGAAUUUUGAGCGAAAAGAUGUUAAUCAGAUUCAAUCAGAGUUUAAUAAUUUUUUUUGUUGAAAUUUUUUCAUAUGAAUUGUUCAUUUAGAUGAGGUAUGACUGUGCCAAUAUGCAAUACAGUACUACAGUACUUAUUCUUCUUCCUACACUAUUUUUGGGUCUCUGUCUCCAAGAUUCCCUGCUGAGUCACAACAUUUGUUUAUUUGCUUUCUUCAUGACUUCUUAAAUCACUCAUGAACAUGAUUACUUUUUUAUUACACCAUAGUUGAUUAAAUUUUAAGCUAAGGAAUUUCUGUUGUAAAGCUCUGUCCAGAUUAUCAAAUGUACUUUGAUAAAAAAAAAACUGUUGUAUGCCCAUAUAUAGUCAUGAUGUGCCUAUAUAUGGUCAUGAUGUGAUGUCAUCAUGACCAUAUUUAGGCAUGUCACAUGUGUUUGUUAAAUAAAAUGUGAUAGUCUGGAUAGGGCUUAAGGUUCACUGAAUCUGGCAUACAGCAUCAAAUAUUUUUGUCAGACUUAAACAGAUAAUGUUUGAUGAAAUAUUGUCUGAUAUGAUUAUCUGAUCAAACUAAUCAUGCGCCUUUCAUAGAGCUGAGUGUUUGGCCAAGAGUUUAUAUUCCCGCGUCUUGCUCUGAAGACCCUGGUUGAAGCCUGUCAGAUGUGAAGUUUUAAUUGGAGUCUGAUCAUUCGUCUCCUCGAAUAACCCUGACAUAGAAGGUCAGCGAUAUAAGGGAUAAUGCAUCUGUUACAUGUCGGUACAUGUAACAGAGAUCCAAACAAGAAUUUAAUUAAAUUAAAAUAGGACAAAUUACUAAAAGAAAGAAAGUUUAUAUCGGAAGUUGGUCAAUGCUCUACUUUGACGAAAUUUGAUUAGACAUCAUCAGACUGUCCAAGAUUGUAAACUUUGUUAUUAAGAUUAAAUUUUUUGUUUGUAAUUAUUUCAUAUGAAUUAUUCAUUUGAGAUGAAGCAAUAAAAAUGUAUUCAGUCUUUCCAGUUCUAAGUACUAUCAACUUAAUAAUAUAUGUAAAGUUUUCAAGAAGAAAUAAAUAUGUAUUUUGAACAAAAAA